AUGGUUGGAUUCAGCCUUAGAGAUAGGAUGAAGUCUUCAGACAUCCGCAGGGAACUGGUAGUAGAAGAGGUGGUUCUGGCAUCUGAUCAGGAUGCCUCCUGGUUGCCUUGGGAGGUCUUCCUGGCAAGUCCAACUGGGAGGAAAUCCUGGUACGGAGGAGCCACUGACUCAGAUGAAAGGAGGAUUGUUCUGGUUGGAAAGACCGGCGUAGGGAAGAGCGCGGCAGGAAACACCAUCCUGGGCAGAGAAGCGUUUGAGUCGGAGCUGUCUCCAUCUUCCCAAACUGCUGAAUGUCAGAAAGCUAAAGGGAAUGUUGGAGGCAGAAAAGUGGCUGUCAUCGACACUCCGGGGUUGUUUGACACAAAUUUCACUCAAGAAGAAGUGCUGAAGAGGAUCAAGAUGUGCAUCUCCCUGUCGGCUCCGGGUCCUCAUGCCUUCCUGGUGGUUCUUCAGCUGGGCAGGUUCACGCAGGAGGAGAAGGACACCAUCAAGAUGAUCCAGAUCACUUUUGGGGAAGAUGCUGCAAGAUAUACGAUGGUGUUGUUCACCCACGGAGACCAGCUGAGGAACCAAACCAUCGAGGGGUACUUGGCUGAGAGUCCUGACCUUAAAGCCUUCAUCCGGACCUGCUACAACCGAUACCACGUCUUCAACAACGAAAUCAAAGACCCAGAGCAAGUCAAUCAGCUCGUGGACAAAAUCAACAAGAUGACCAUGGCUAACGGCGGCGGCUUCUACACCAAUGAAAUGUUCUUGAAAGCAGAGGAGGCCAUAGAUAAGGAGACAAAGCGCCUCAUGAAGGAGUUAGAGGAACAGAGGCAGAAGGAGCUGAAUCAACUGAGAUCCAGAUAUACAGGAUCCACAUACCGCAGGGAGGAGCGGCUGGUGUACAAGAGAUACGAGUGUCAAGCCAGAUCUCAGGCUGAGAGAUCAAAUGAUUUUAUUUCUGCUCCAGCUAUUCUGAUAGCUGCGUCGUUUGGCGCUGCUGUCGGAGGGAUUCUGGGUAUUGCAGGGGGUCCAAUUGGUGUCGCAGUCGGCGUUGCAGUCGGUGCAGGAGUUGGAGCAGCAGUUGGAGUCUUAACUGUCAAAGCCUCAGAUAAAUGCAAUGUUCAAUGA